AUGAUCGGGGCUGUGCGCUCCCAAAGACAGACAUCCCCGACCACAAUGUACUUCAAGAGGAAGUACGGAGGCCCAAUCAAGAAGGACCCAGAUGCCGAGUUCGGUCCGCAGUACCAUGGGCCGAAGGGCAGCGGCGGAAUCCAGAGAUCAUCCCGGUUGGGAUUUCCCAAGUGGGGUCAGCAGCGUGUCAUUCCAAAGCUCAGCGGGGCCUCGUAUGAGUAUCGAAAGAACACCAUGAGGAAUCUCACCACCCAGGUCAUUCGCCAAGGCAGAAUCAAGACCACCCGCGCGAAAGCUGAGGCACUGACGCAUUUCGUGGACCGCAUGAUCCUCUUGGCCAAGCGAGGAGACGACCUGAGCCGACGUGAGGCCGGCGAGUGGCUCUACGACCCGACCCUGGUGGACAACCUUUUCAAGUUGGCGCCGGAGCGAUACCCCGAGCAGAGCGAAGGGUUCUGCAAGGUCACUCGAACCAUGAAUCGAAAGGGCGACUGGUCUGAGAUGGCCUACAUCGAGCUGAUGUCGGCUCCCUCUUUUUCGGUUGACGCAACAAUGGCCUUCCGCCGCCUCCUGCCACGCCUGCCCGUGGCGCGUGCUGCGCUCAACUCGGCGGUGCGGUCGCUGCAUGCUUCGGCGCCCAGGAAUGCUGCGAAAGUGAGUCCAGCCGAGCUCACCAAGAUCCUCAGCGAGCGCAUUGCCAACUUCAAGGACCAGGCGGACGUUCAAGAAGUCGGGCGUGUGCUGUCAGUUGGCGAUGGAAUUGCUCGAAUCUACGGCCUCAAGGGCGUGAAGGCCGGAGAGAUGGUCGAGUUCUCCAGUGGCCUGAAGGGCAUGGCCCUGAACUUGGAGACAGACAACGUGGGUGUGGUCGUGUUCGGAGACGACCGCGCAAUCGUCGAAGGUGACAGCGUGAAGUGCACGGGGACCAUCGUGGAUGUGCCAAUUGGCGAGGAGCUGCUGGGCCGCGUUGUGGAUGCCCUUGGCACGCCCAUUGAUGGCGCCGGGCCCAUCCAGACAAAGAGCCGCCGCCGAGUGGAGCUCAAGGCUCCGGGCAUCAUUCCCCGGCAAAGCGUGCACGAGCCCAUGACCACCGGCCUGAAAGCUGUCGACAGCCUGAUCCCAAUCGGCCGUGGCCAGCGAGAGCUGAUCAUCGGCGAUCGCCAGACUGGCAAGACCGCGAUUGCCAUCGACACAAUCCUCAACCAGAAGGCCAUCAACGCCUCGGCUGACAAGACGGCCCACCUGUACUGCAUCUACGUCGCAGUAGGACAGAAGCGAUCCACUGUGGCCCAGCUCUUCGAAAUUCUGCGAAAGAAUGACUGCUUGAAGUACACCACGGUCGUGGCCGCGACUGCCUCCGAUGCCGCGCCUCUUCAGUUCCUGGCGCCCUACACGGGCUGUGCCAUGGCCGAGUACUUCCGAGACAACGGCAAGCAUGCGGUCAUCUUCUAUGAUGACCUUUCGAAGCAGGCAGUGGCGUACCGUCAGAUGUCGCUGCUUCUGCGACGUCCGCCAGGUCGUGAGGCUUACCCAGGUGAUGUCUUCUACCUGCACAGUCGCUUGCUGGAGAGAGCGGCCAAGAUGAACGAGACCACGCACGGUGGCGGCUCUCUCACCGCCCUGCCGGUCAUCGAGACCCAAGCCGGCGAUGUCAGUGCCUACAUCCCUACGAACGUGAUUUCCAUCACUGAUGGCCAGAUCUUCUUGGAGACGGAGCUCUUCUACAAGGGCAUCCGACCGGCCGUGAACGUUGGCCUCUCCGUGAGCCGUGUGGGCAGCGCCGCACAGAUCAAAGCAAUGAAGCAGGUGGCCGGCACCUUGAAGCUGGAGUUGGCACAGUACCGCGAGGUCGCCGCCUUUGCGCAGUUCGGCUCCGAUCUGGAUGCAGCUACACAGCACCAGCUGCUGCGAGGCGGCAUUCUGACGGAGCUUCUGAAGCAGAAGCAGUUUGUGCCGAUGACCACAGCAGAGAUCAUCGUGUCUUUGUGGGCGGGCACGCGUGGAUAUUUGGACAAGGUGGCAACCAAGGAGAUCCUCCGAUUCGAGAGCUUGUGGCUGAAGCAUUUCAAAGACACCAAGGGCGACGUGCUUAAGGAAAUUAUGGAGAAGAAGCAGAUCACUCCAGAGAUUGAAGGGAGCAUCAAGUCUGCCAUGGAUGAGUUCCUCGGCAUGAACGAGUUCGAGGGCCGGGCAAAAAGCGAUUUGCUGAUUGGUUGCUCCAAAAAUCUUGCAGUUCAAGCCGGAAUGGCGGAACACCCCGUACCUGUGAGCACUGGUAUUUCUGAUCUACGUGGAGCCGGAGGUCAAGGCCAUCACCGUGAUUCGAUUGAGGGUGAUGCUUUGUCUACUGUUGCCACGACUGACAUCGGGACGGAAGAAGUCUGGGACUCGGGACCGAUGGCCGUCGGCUUUGGCACGGACGAAGUCAUUCUUCACGGAAGUGGUGGACCUGAUCCGCUUUGGAUGACAGUAGAGCAGUUGCCUGGCCUCUCCAAAGGCGUUGCCAAAAAUCGUGGCGUGAGGGCCGCUGAGCUCGACGAUGAGUUGUCGGCAGAUGUUGGUGGGCUGUUGAAGGUGAUCGGAAAACAGCGGUCCAACCUCACUGUCAUCACCAUUCUUGAUGUCAUGACGCCCCGGCAUUGCGACAACGGUCGCUUGGCGGAAGCCAUGGACGAGGAAACAUCGUCCGACAAAGGCACAAAUUGGCGAUUCCACGGAUUUGCGCGUUCCAAGGCCAUGCCGCCUCGCUUAGAGUGUUGGACAAGGAUCCUCCGAACACCACGGUCGAACAAUCCGGCUCUCGACGACAACUGGAACCCCAGCUAUGUCAUCACCCCCGUUUGUGGAUUUGCUCCAUACCGGGCAACUGCCUUCGAUCUUAUGCCAAAGAUGGCUUAUCACGCUUCUUGCUGUGGGGCUCAUCCCGGGAGGGAGUAUGACCAAGAAGGGCAAUUCGGGCCGCCCAUACGUGAUGAUGGCGCUGCCAAUCAGGGUGUAAGACCCGGGGCCCAAGUUGAGUUCGUGAUUGACGUACAAGUCGCUGCAUACGAGGGUUGCCGCUUCUUCAUCACCAUAGCCGGCGCUAUCCAGACUCUCGAUUGGCAGCAACCGAGACUGUGUGGGCCAACAGAGGCUUUGAACCGGUGCGGAAGAACAGUCAGGGCGUUUACGCCGUGGACCACUACAGCAUGGAGUCCGGGGGGCCUGACGGUGAACACCCCGGAAGGAAGGCAUGGAAAGACUUUCUCUUCCAACCUCACGAUCCAUGUGGCUCCCAAGAAGCCCUAUGCUCAGUGCAAUUCGGAGCUUGACUGGAAAAGGCAGGAGAACAUCAGCGUCCCAUCUUUCGCGUGCCCGAACGGCAGCAGCUCCAAUCUGGAUGGUGCCCUCUGGCUGUUUCCGCUGUGA